CUCGAUAAACUGAAAGGGGUGAUAGAGCUCUGUCCUAAUGAGUCGAUUCAGGGGGAAACGACGAUUUCCGAACAACUGAACCGUGCAGACCCUUAUGCUAUCCCCGUGUCAGGACACUGUAUCGAUUCCUGAGUAGUGGUGUCUAGUCGAAAGAAUUUCGUCGAUUUCUAUCUUUUCAUCGUUUUUAGCUCUAUUCAGAAGUGAUCAGUAUGCUGGACUUCGCCAUCUUCGCAGUAACUUUCUUCAUUAUAUUGAUAGGCGCUGUUCUGUAUCUCUACCCGGCAUCUAGACAGACUUCUGGAUUUCCAGGACUGGCUCCAACAGAAGAAAAAGAUGGAAAUCUGCCAGAUAUCAUUAGUCAAGGGAGCCUUCAUGAGUUCCUCGUAAACCUUCAUGAGAAAUAUGGGCCAGUUGCUUCCUUCUGGUUUGGCCGCCGCCUGGUAGUCAGCCUGGGUUCUGUGGACGUCCUCAAACAACACAUUAAUCCAAACAGGACAUCGGAUCCAUUUGAAAUGAUGCUGAAAUCACUGCUUGGAUACCAAACGGGGCCCAGUGGAGAUGCAGCAGAGAGUCACAUCAGAAGGAAAAUGUAUGAAAAUGGGAUCACCGAGACACUGCAGUCUAAUUUUGGUCUCAUACUGAAGCUGGCAGAUGAGCUCGUAGCAAAAUGGAUGUCCUACCCAGAUUCUCAACACAUCCCCUUGUGCCAGCACCUUUUGGGGUUUGCCAUGAAGACCAUCUCGCAAGCAGCCAUGGGCAGUAGAUUCGAGGAUGACCAUGAAGUGAUCCAGUUCUGUAAAAACCAUGAUGCGGUCUGGUCUGAAAUUGGGAAGGGAUUUUUAGAUGGUUCUCUGGACAAAAGCCCAACAAGGAAAAAAUCUUAUGAAAAUGCCCUGGCAGAGCUUGAAUCAUGUUUGAAGAAGGUUAUGAAAGAGCGCAGCAAGCAGCAUGUCUUUGUGGAUUCCUUAAUGCAGGGCAGCCUUAGUGAGAAACAGGUUCUCGAGGACAGUAUGAUCUUUUGCCUGGCUGGAAGUGUGAUCACCGCAAACUUGUGUACUUGGGCAGUGUAUUUUCUGACCUCCUAUGAGGAACUGCAGAACAAGCUAUAUGAGGAGGUAAACCAGGUUCUAGGAACGAAUCCUGUUACCCUGGAGCAAGUAAAGCAAUUCAGGUUUUGUCGCCAGAUCCUCAUGGAAACUGUAAGAACUGCAAAGCUGACACCAGUAGCAGCCCGCUUGCAAGAGAUUGAGGGCAAAGCUGACCAGUAUGUUAUCCCCAAAGAGACUCUUGUGAUUUAUGCCCUUGGAGUGGUGCUUCAGGACAGCUCAGCUUGGCAACUACCUUACAGAUUUGACCCUGACAGAUUUGGCGAAGAGUCUACUAUGAAGACUCUGUCAUUACUUGGAAUAUCUGGAAAUCAGGAAUGCCCAGAACUGAGAUUUGCUUACACUGUGGCUACAGCUCUGCUUACAACUUUGGUGAGGAAACUGCGGUUUCACCCUGUAAACGGACAAAUUGUGGAGACCAAGUAUGAACUGGUAGCCUCACCAAAAGAAGAAGCCUGGAUUACAGUGACCAAGAGGAACUAAGAACAGCAGCAUCAUUGCUCAUAGCAACUGGGAAAACUGUGGACUGAAGUGAUUUUUUGGUCUUUUUUUUUUUGUAAUGACUGCAAAAUAUUGUUCAAGAGCAAAGAGGCCUUAACUCACAUCUGCCAUUCUUUCAUGGCAAAUGGUGUUUUUAUAUACUCUGGCUGUGAAGUGGUGGUUUCCUUCAAAAUUAGAAACAUAUUCGUACACUG